AUGUCAUUACCACCAACCACCUGCUACCACCCAUCACCACCAACCACCUCCACCACCCCCCACAACCAACAACCAUCCCCACUGACCACCACCACCUAUCAUCACCACCCGCCACCAUCACCUACACCUACUACCCACCAAAACCACCGACAAACGACAACCACCUAUCACUACCACCCAUCACAACCACCCGCCAUCACCAUCUCACCCAUCACCUACCAAAACCACCAUACUUCAUCACCACCGUCACCACCACCCAUCACAACCACUCGUCGCCGCCACCUGCCACCUACUAUAAUCACUACCCUACAUGUCACCCCCACCACCAUUCACCACCACCACCACCACCUACCACCUACCACCACCAAACAUCACUACACACACCACCACCACUUGUGA